AUGGCUUCGUCAACUGUUCCACCGAUUGCAAUUAUCGGCGGAGGCCCAUGCGGCUUGACACUCGCUCGUUUGCUCGAAACCGCCGGUAUCAACUAUGUUGUCUUCGAGCGUGAUGCCUCCCCAACAUCAACACUCAGAAGCCAAGGCGGCACACUUGAUAUCCACAACAAAACAGGUCAGGAGGCUUUGCGUCGCGCAGGGCUUCACGGCCAGUUCAAAUCUCUUGCCCGAUGCGAUGCAACAACGAUGACUCUUAUGGAUUCUCAAGGCGGGUCUCGGGCUUCGUUCGGUGAUGACAAUGGCGAAGAGAGACCAGAGAUCGACCGCCAACAGCUGCGACAAAUACUGCUAGACUCCAUACCUGCUGAACGAAUUCGGUGGGGCAAGACAAUUAACUCUGUUGAUCGAAAGGAGGAUGAGCAUCGAGGAGGCGCUUAUGCCUGGACACUCAACUUCCGUGAUGGCUCAACUGAAAGUGGCUUUCGACUCAUCGUUGGGGCAGACGGUGCAUGGAGCAAAAUUCGUCCGCUGAUCACUGACGCAAAGCCCGUCUAUUCUGGCAAAGCUUUCCUAGAAGGCCGUAUAUCGCCUAGCAAUCCGCAAUAUCAAUCGGCACAACAGAUGGCAGGUAAAGGAACAGCCAUGAUCAUGAGUGCCAAGUCCACACUGGCAGUACAACAGAUGUCUGAUGCAUCAUACCGAGUGUACAUGGGUGUAUUGGCACCAGAGGGUUUAACGCAACCCGGCGGCGACGCUGAUCCAAAGGAUAUGGACAAAGCCCGAAAGACCAUGCUUGGCCCUGGUGGAUUCUAUGCAGACUGGGCAAAUGACUUUAGAGACUUGAUCGAAGCCUCAGAAGAACCAUGGCGCCCUUGGCCGCUGUAUCGUCUCGACAAUGACGUAUUCUCUCCAGAAACAAGAUUCAAUGGUGGCAAGGAAGAGCAGUCAGUUCACUGUGGCUGGAAGCGUACCCCUGGGAUUGUUCUACUUGGUGAUGCAGCGCAUCUCGCGACUCCAAACGGCGAAGGUGUGAACCAGGCCAUGUAUGACUCGCUGGUACUGUUCGAUCAGAUCAUAUCUGAAGCUGGUGCGCCACAAGGAGGGUCAUAUGACUGGGAAGCUGAUGCGGCAGCUUUGGAGCGGGCGAUUGUCGCAUAUGAAACAGAGAUGCGACCUCGGGCGUAUGAGCAUAUCCAGAGCAGUAUCGACAUGGAGACCAUAAUGUAUGCUGAUGAUGGGGCCCAGAAAAUGAUAGAGGCUUUUCAGGGGUUUCACAAUCUAGAGUAG